GGAGAGACGUUUGACAUUUCCAAAGAUCCUGAAACAGAGCUGGACACAGAGAAGCCAAAUGUGUCCGCAACAGAAGGAGAAAUGGAAGUCCCAGAGAACGGGAGUUCUGAUGAGAACAAACCUAGGAAAGGUUCGGAUCAGGAGGAUCAGGCAGAUGUGGAAAAGUUUGACUCUUCAAAGGAUUAUGCAGGAGAGCAGGACGCUGAGAAGAUCCUUGAACCAUCAGGAGAAGAGGAAGUCAAAAGUAGUGCCCAUAAAGAACCACUUGGCGAAGAAGUAUCAGCCACUCCAGAGGGACAGAAAGGUGAAGAGAAGGCAGUGGAAAGUGCAGAGGCAGAUACCAGUAGUGUCCAGGAAAGCAAAAGUACUCCCUCAAAGAAACCAUCAGGUGAAGGAGAGGUACCACCAGUUCCAGAGGGACAGACAGAAAGAGUAGAAAAGCGGGUGGAAGGUGCUGAGUCAGAUAGCAGCAGUACCCAGGAAGAUGAGGAGCAAGAGGAGGAUACUGAGAAAUCCCCAGAGCCAGAAAAAAAGCCUGAGAAGCUAGAAAGGAAAAUCUCAGAGACCUUCUUCUAUAACUAUGAAGAUUUGUGCUCGCAACCCUUUGUGACGUCAGACUCUGGGAUACCAAUUAACCUCCUCACUCUCAUACACUCUUUUGGUUAUGACUGCACCAAAAGUGCAAACCUGCAAUUGCUGGAUAGUCAAACACUCCUCUAUGUAGCAGGCAACCAACUGGUGCUCUUGGACCUGAAAACUAAAUAUCAGAGUUAUCUCCGGAGCAGCAGCGGUGGUGGAAUUGGCAUUAUCACGGUACAUCCUAGUAAACAGUAUUUUGCAGUAGGAGAAAAAGGAUGGAAGCCAAACAUCAUCAUCUAUGAGUAUCCUUCACUAAAGCCAUACAGAAUACUCCGAGGUGGGACUGAGGAAGCCUAUGCAUUUGCUGAUUUUAACCAUUAUGGAACGCUACUGGCCAGUGUUGGGAGCAGCCCUGACUACAUGUUGACAAUCUGGGAUUGGAAACAGGAAAAGAUUGUGCUGAGGUCAAAAGCUUUUUCACAGGAUGUUUAUAAGGUCACAUUCUCUCCUGAAAAUGAAGAGCAACUCACCACUUCUGGAGCAGGACACAUCAAGUUCUGGAAGAUGGCCCAUACAUUCACUGGGCUCAAGCUACAAGGAGCAUUGGGCAGGUUUGGUAAAACAGCUGUGACUGACAUUGUAGGGUAUGUGGAGCUGCCUGAUGGGAAGGUUAUCUCUGGAUCUGAAUGGGGCAACUUGCUGCUUUGGGAAGGGGGCCUCAUCAAAGUAGAGCUCUGUCGAACUGGACAUAGACCCUGUCACAAUGGCCCUGUUAAUCAGUUAGUUCUGGAUGAGGGAGAGCUGGUCACUGUUGGAGGAGAUGGCUACAUUAGGGUGUGGGACUUUGAGACGAUAGAUGCAGCUGAUUCUGUGGAUGACACAGGUCUACUAGAGAUGGAGCAUAUGAAUGAACUUCUUGUUGGCAAGAAUGUCAACUUGAGCUCCAUCAUGAAAAUUCAUGAUCUUGGACAGCCCAUUUGGUAUGCUCAGACCCAUGAUCCAGAGUGCCUGUUUACCUUUCACUCGGGAAAGAUUGAAGCCAUGGGUGUCUCUCCUGUCACAUAUCUCAUGGCCACUACUGCACUUGACCACUCAGUGCGUAUCUAUGAUUUCAUUGGCAAUUGUCAGUUGACUGAGAUUAAGUUUAAACAGGGAGGAACGGCACUGACUUGGGCACCCCGAGUGGUAAAUCCCAAAGGAGGUCUAAUUGCUGUUGGGUUUGAAGAUGGUGUUGUUCGCAUUAUUGAAGUUUAUGAUCCCAGGGGACUCGCCAUUGUUGCAGGACGGACCAAUGUAGGGAAUGCAGAGAUGCGUCUGAAACAAGCUUUUAAACCCCACACUGCUGCAGUUACAGCCUUGGCAUAUGAACGAAAUGGGGAAGUAAUUGCCACAGGGAGUAAAGACAAAACAGUCUUCUUCUUUGCCGUUGAAGACAAAUAUGAGCCAAUUGGAUACAUUUGUGUCCCUGGGCCCGUGCAGGCAUUACAGUGGUCUCCACCGUCUCACGCAGAGAGCAUGCUGCUUGUGCUCUGUGAGAAUGGCUUUGCUCUUCAGGUUCCUGCACCCAUCCUUGGAGAACAGGACACAGUAUCCACCUAUGAGAUCAAAGACCUGCCCACACAGUAUUUCCAUUUCUGCAGCAUUAAAUCCCGGAUCAAGAGGGAAGAGGAGAUUGAGCGCAGAGAGAAAAAGAAACAGGAGGAGGAGAAGGCAAGGUUGGCGUGGAUAAAGAAACAGCAGGACAUGGGACUUGAGAUAGAAGAAGAGCCAGAGGCAGAGCCUGAGAAAGAGGAGCCACUGCCACCCAUCUACGUCCCACAGGAGCCCAGCCCCAUCGUCUGUGGGUUUUAUUCAGCACCAGGGAAAUUCUGGCUCUCUUUGGGUGGCUAUGACUCUGGGUACCUCUACCACUGUGCAUUCUCCCCGAUUCAGCACCAAAUAUCCCCUGAAAGCAGGCAAGAUGAGCCCUUUGAGGUGAUUCCUAUGGAGAACACAGAUGACAACCCCAUCCAAAGGAUCUCUUUCUGCACCAGCAAGCUGUUGAUGUUCUGUGGGAUGAAGGAUGGAGCAGUGCGAGUUUAUCCUCUCCAGGACAAAGACCUGUCAGCAGACAUGAUGAACGGAUACUGGUCCUUCAACAUGCAUGACAACGAUUAUGGCCAAAUCCAGGCGAUCUACUCUAGUUAUGAUGACCGAUUCCUGGUUACCUGUGGAGCAGAUAGCAACAUCUUUACCUUCAAUAUCCUGUCUCCAGAGGACAUUCAAAGAGAGCUAAAAGCCAAAGUGCCCUCUCCAAGAGGAGAUCUUGAAAAGGAGAAAACUGCAGAAGAUAUUGAGGAUCCCAGUGCCUACAGCAUUGAGAAUGCGAAGCGAAAAAAGGAAUAUGACCAGAUAAUGAAGGCAGCAGAAGACAAAAAAAACGAAAAGAGGCAAGAGCUGAUCAUCCUUAGGCAUGAGUUUCAUCACCUGCUUCAAAGGAACAUGGAGCUGCCAAAGCACAUGCAGCUACACAGAGAGGAAUUCGAGAUGGACCACAGAAUCCGUGAGGAAAUGGAUAGGCAGACAGCACAGAGAAUCCAACUAGUGCAGAAGGAGUUGGCUUGGGAUCAGGAGAAGCACCGCAUUGGGCUGCAGAAAUUGCAGAGUCGGUUUCGGGACACUCUGGAAUUUGACACAGUGGUCGUUCGUGCUAUAGGAAGUAAUCAUCAAAUCUCCACGUAUAGGCUCCUGGCAAUCUCCGAGAGGUACUACAAAGCCAGAAAACAAAGUCAAACAGGGAAAAGGAGAACAAGCAAAUUAGGAAAAGAAGCAGAGCAAAGGCGAGAAAGCCAGAAAGAGACAAGUCAGGCUGCUGGAGUUAGUGAAGAGGCGAUGGAAGCUGACAAGCUGAAGAAAAGGCCCCAGCUGCAAGGUGCUAUAGGACGUUUUGGUGGAAACCGACUUGAACAAAUUAGAAAAAAUAUGGAGAAAGCUGACAGGGCCAAAGCUAAGAUUAUGCAAAGAAGGAAGGAGUGGGAUGAACUAUACAAGAGCAAACCCAGUGACAACUAUGAGAACCCCAAGGAUGUUCAGGACAUCAAAGAGGCUCAGGAAAACAUGGGGGAUUUCAAACUGAAGACAGCCACAAACUACAAGAUCCCGGAGCACAUGCGUAUGAACGCAGAGAAGAAGAAGAUGCAGCUUAGAUCGUUAGAGGUGGCGGUCCAUGAAAAGAAAUUGACAAUGAACAAAUGGAUCAUCUCACUUAGGGACCUCAAGGUGGCUAUUAUUGAAGAGAUCGUCUGCCUGGUCCAAGAACUGAAAUCCAUACAAUCAGCCUUGGAUGCAUCUGAACAACUCCCUAUUCCCCCAAUCCCUCAGUUACACCCGGAGGAGACUCCAGAAAAAAAAUUCCAGUAUGACAAUAAUAUUCUUUUGAAGUUCAAACAAGAGCAGGAGCACAAGCAAAGGCUCUCUGAGCAGGUGGAAGAUAACGCAUCAUUUCCAGUGUUUGGGGGAAAGUUCCUUCAUGCACCUUCUCUAAAAGAAAUAGAUUCCCCCUCAAGAGGCUCAAGUGUGAGAUCAAUGAGAAUAACAUCCUCAGUCACCCCAAUGCAACCAAAGGUUUUUGAGAUUGAAAAGGCAGAGCCAACAGAGAUGGAACUGGAAAUUUUAAAACGGGAGAAGAUCAGAAACAUUUACCUUCAGGAGACCUUGAUCAAGAGGAUCAAUGAACUGGUGGUCACCUUUGAUGCUGAGCUCCACCUCCUGCGGCACCAGAAGCUGAAGCUGGACACGCAGAUGAAGUGUGCUGACCUACGUCACAUCACGUGGUUUGAGGAGCUGCUUCUCCUUAAGAACUUUGAGAAACACGAGGACACUCUCCAGGAGCGUGUCAACAACCUCAGCAAUGAGGUGGAAGAGAUGCAAUGGAAAUUAGACAACUACCUCUCACAGAUGGAGGAUAAAAAAUAUGAGAUUGCAAAGCUUCAGGAACGCGAGAAGGCACUUUAUGCCACUUUCCAAGCAUCCCUUGGAGAGAACAACAAAUUUGCCAGCUUCCUCACUAAGGUCCUGAAGAAGAAGAUCAAGCGUAUUAAGAAGAAAGAUGUGGAAGGAGACAGAGAUGAAGAGGAGGAAAGCGAUGAAGAGAGUGACGAUGAGUCUAGCUUGGAGAGCGAUGAAGAAGAUUCAGGAUCUGAUGAUGAAGUCUUUGAUGACUCUGUUUGCCCAAAGAAUUGUGAUGAGGCACUCUUCGAAAACACUCUUCAGCUCCGGGAGAAGCGGCUAGACAUUGAGGAAGCCUUAGUGGAGGAGAAGAAAGUUAUUGAUAAUCUCAAAAAGGAAUAUGAUGCCUUGGCUAAAAAGGUGAAAGUGGUGGAAGCCAGCUUGGACACAGCUGAGGGGGAGCUGGAGGCCUUUCAACGGGAGAAGCAGCAGAGACUGAAUGAGCUCCAUGUAGUAGUGCCUCUGAAGCUACAUCAGGUGGAGUACGUGGUAAAUGGGGAGUUACCCACUGACCUGUCCCAAACGUUGGUAUUUACCAACCAAUCCUUGGAGUAUCUGCAGCAAAGGAUCAUGGUCCUGCAGCAUGAGAAGUUGGAUCAGAGGGAGCUCUACAAGCAGGCCCGGCAGCAGCAUAAGCAGCUCAUCCGGGACAGGAGGGAGAUAGAGAUAAGGAUCGAGCGACUGGAAGAGAACUGUAAUCAGCUGAUGCUGAUGAAGUUUGGCCGGAUGGUGGACUUGGAAGCCCUGCAGACACUCUCUGUUAACAUAAACCUGGAAGAGCUAAAGAUGAAAAUGAUGGAGAAAGAGCACAUACAAGCCCAGGAACUCAAAAACUGGGAGGAGAAGAUUUUUGAGCUGCGGCAACGGCUGAUGUUGCUGAUGAAAGAAAACACCAGCAAGCUGCAGCAGCUGAACAGCUUCUGUAUUGAAAAGCAGAGACUCGGAAUGAAGCUGGAUGCACUGCAGAAUAACCUGGGAGCAGAAUUCAAAGGCCCCCGGAAAGCUGAGAUCCAGGAGAGAGAGAGGCUGAUUACACUGGUCCAACUCCAGGCCCAGGAGGCAGAAGUACUCAAGGAGGAAAUCACUAUCUUAAGCAGAAAAGAUGGGCGCAUCUUCCCACCACCUCAACCUCCACCUGAUACCAAGAUACUAAACUAAAGUUCUCUCUGUCACUAGCCUCAUUCAUUAGACAUGUCCCUGGUGACAGGCAUAUGUCAGUGAGAGGCCCUGUCAGCAACCAGCUCUGGAUCCAAUAACACACUGGGUGUCAAAGUUUGGGCCAAAGGUUUUGUCCCAUUUGCAAUCUCCCCCUGGGGUUUCAUAUUGCCAGUCAUCCACAGGGCAUCUUUAAUACAGAGGGGCUGUAAACACUACAGAUCCCAGCCUGCAAUGCUCCCUUUUGAACUUCCAUUCAGACCCAGCUAGAGCAUUGC